UAAAGGGGAUAUUCCAAUAAGGAGAAGGUAUGUGUUUCGGAAAGUGCUUUUCUACUCCUAACAACAAACGCCUCAGAAUUUGAACUUGAAGGCCCACUGCCCUGGGGGACAAAGGUCCUCUGAGUCAGAAGCCACUAACCAGAUGAUCCAGCAGCAGGACUGAGGGUACUGGGGCAAGCACCAGUCCAUGCCAUCACCCACACAGAGCCCCAGGUAUGCUUGACCAUUGAGGGCCAAGAGGUUAACUGUUUCCUGGACACUGGUGUGGCCUUCUCAGUCUUACUCUCCUGUCCUGGACAAUUGUCCUCCAGAUCUGUCACUAUCUGAGGGGUCCUAGGACAGGCAGUCACUUGAUACUUCUCCCAGCCACUAAGUUGUGACUGGGGAAAUUUAUUCCUUUCACAUGCCUUUCUAAUUAUGCCCGAAAGCCCCACUCCUUUGUUAGGGAGAGACAUUCUAGCAAAAGCAGGGGCCAUUAUACACUAGAAUUAGAAGGAAAAAGGGUAAAUAUACAGACUCUAAGCAUGCUUACCUAGUCCUCCAAGCCCACGCAGCAAUAUGGAGAGAAAGGGAAUUCCUAACUUCCGAGGGAACGCCUAUCAAACAUCAGGAAGCCAUUAAGCCCCCCAAAUUCUCUUUACCUCUGAAUCUACGUCCUCUGAUCUCUGCCUAAAGAUAAUUUUAUGGGGAAGAGGAUUUGCUUGUGUCUCUCCAGGUGACAAUCAGUUGUCUAUGUGGGUGCCCACCAACCAUCUGAAGAUCUAUCACGAGCCACGGCAUCUAGUGGACCCACCUGCAGAGUACAGUGCGAAUUGAAGGUUUGAAAAGCCUCGAUUUGCCUUCUCUGUGCCUUCUGUUAAUCAGAAAAGGCCUGUUUCUCAUUAUCAGUGGCCUCCCGGCUACAGCCACAGAAGUUUUUGCUUCUGUUUCAGUAGAUUUACUAACGUGGGGGUGAGGGUAGGCUUAUGUUUUUGCAGGAGAUGAACGAACCGUGUGGAUGCCCUCAAGAUGUGCACGACCAUGGAAUGGGAGACUGGAGGGACCCAUGGAUCCCAACCUUGGACCAGGUUCCCCCAGUAUGAGCCAUGAGCCAGUUGAAUCUGAAUGCGAAGAAGGAAUGAGGACUGACUGGAGUCACGAUGCUUAACGGGCCAAUGGUUUCUGACUCAGCUCCUCUCUACCCUGAAUAUGAGAGACCCUAAUAGUUAGGCAGGAAUAUCGUCGCCCCUAUUCAGCAUGAAGAAGUUACAGAAGAUGGACCUUCAUCCUUCUGCAGCCCCUAGGAUUAAGGGUCUUCUUGUAAAAGGGAAAGGUGAGAUAUGUUGGAAGCGUUCAAACCAGAGCCAUGCUAGUAAUAAUGAUAGCUAGUAAUAAUGAUAUCUUCUCUUUUACAAUAAAGAGAACGGGGGCAUGCUGGGAAAAAGCUGAGUGAUGGGGGGAAACUGAGGCAGGGCUUGCAUAAUGUCCUCUGGAAUGUGUCUAGACUUGCUGGCUCCUUGCUUCUAGCCUUCCUAGGCUCCUAGGCGCCUAUUCCCAUUAUCUCAAGUAGCAGAACAUGUUCCAUAUAAAUGCUAAACUGUCACAGCUGUAAAUCAUGUGCUUAAUGCAACAUGACUGCCACAUUCUCACCACCUGUUUCUUAGUUGGAUUACCAAUAAACACCGUGGGCUCCCAGAGCUCGGGGCCUUCACAGCCUCCGCAAUAGCAAUGGCCCCUGUUGUCCCACAUUUCUCUCUCAAACUUUUUUCUCAAUCUUUUGACUCUGCUGGACUUUGUCACUCCCACAACCUGGUGUUGGGUCUGAUCACCCCAACAAUUUUGUGCCUGGGAUGUCCUUGUGUUCAGGAGUCAUUGGCUCUUGAAAAAACUAUGUGGCCAGGAAGCAGGAAGAGCUAGGAAGUAAGGUUUUUUUGUUUGUUUUUUGAGACAGAGUCUCACUCUGUUGCCCAGGAUGGAGUGCAAACGAGCGAUCUCAGCUCACUGCAACCUCCACCUCCUGGGUACAAGCGAUUCUCCUGUCUCAGCUUCCCGAGUAGCUGGGACUACAGGCGCCCGCCACCAUGCCCAACUAAUUUUUGUAUUUUUGGUAGAGACGGGGUUUCACCAUAUUGUCCAGGCUGGUCUCAAACUCCUGACCUUGUGACCCAUCCGCCUUUGCCUCCCAAAGUGCUGGGAUUACAGGAGUGAGCCACCGCGCUCGGCCUAUACUUGAAAAUCUUGAAAGCAGUUAUGUCAGAUAUGUGAACCAGAGAAGCCCAUCUUGAAUAGCGGCUGGGUAAAAUGAGGUUGAGACCCACUGAGCUGCAUUCCCAGACAGUUAAGUCAUUCUAAGACACAGGAUAAGAUAGAAGGUCAGCACAAGAUACAGAUCAUAAAGACCUUGCUCAUGAAACAGGCUGCAGUAAAGAAAGCGGCCAAAUCCCACCAAAACCAAGGUAACAAGAGAGACCUCUGGUCGUUCUCAUUGCUACACUCCCACUAGCGCCACGGCAGUUUACAAAUGCCAUGGCAACAUCAGCGAAGUUAGCCUAUAUGGUCUAAAAAGGGGAGGCAUGAAUCCACCCCUUGUUUAGCAUAUCAUCAAGAAAUAACCAUAAAAAUGGGCAACCAGCAGCCCUGGUAAUAGACAGCCCUGCUCUGCCUAUGGAGUAGCUAUUCUUUUGUCCUUCUACUUUUUUUUUUUUUUUUUGAGACGGAGUCUUGCUCUGUCGCCCAGGCUGGAGUGCAGGGGCGCGAUCUCGGCUCACUGCAAGCUCCGCCUCCCGGGUUCAAGCAAUUCUCUGCCUCAGACUACCGAUGUUCCUCUACUUUUUAAAUAAACUUGUUUUCACUUGCCCUGAAUUCUUUUUGCGCAAGAUCCAAGAACCCUCUUUUGGGGUAUGGAUCCGGACCCCUUUCCCGUAACACUUACGGACAUACUCUAUGUCUUAUUCAACAGAAACAUAGAGUUUUAUUCUAUAGAUUUUACAAUCUAUUUUCUGACCUUUUAAAGUUAAGGACAUAAGGAUAAGACUUCUCAUAUUAGUAUGAACAGGCCACAUAGAAAUAUCUUCUGCCUAAAGGAAAAGGAUGAUGAGCAUUGGACCGUUUCAUCACAAGAAGGCGCGACUUGCUUUCCUAGGGUUCCUGUGGUAUUUGUUUUUAUCUAAUUGAGUUUAGAUAAAAUCUCUACUGAGGCAGUAGGAUGGACAAUAAAACUUUUUGAGGAUCCACCUUUUAAUUGAAAGAUUUUACGGAGGAAAUAGAGUGGGCAAAGUAAUUAAAAGAACAGGCAUUCUCAUUACCAUCUUACCAAGCCUAGAAGCAAACAGAAGAGCAAAACCUAUCACUUAAUGACUUCUGGAGACCAUAUUAGACAGGCAGCCCUGAUUUUAAAUCUCCUUUCUUAGCAUGGUGGAAAAUGAGAGAGAGAAAAAUGCCACUUCCCCAUUUCUUAGCGUUUGUUCAUCCAGCACGAGCCGGAGAACAGUAAACGCUUGUUCAAUGGUCUCACUGUUCACACAAAACUGGAAAAAUGGGUUGCAUUAGCUAUUCCUUUUAUAAAUAAGAUUUCACUCUUUCAAACUCCUAGCUGACCAGUGAACUGAGUAAAGAAAUAGCUCUCACAAGGGCAAAGGAGUGAGGCAGCCUCCUGCUAUUUCUCCUGAGACGGUCUGAAAUACAGCUCCUCGCUUUAAUCCUGAGGCAGGUGUUUGUGUCUCCGGAUGAGGACACCCAGCUGGGAAGGCUAGCGACGCCCCCAGGGCCACCUCAUGGGUGGCAGGGCGCUCUUCGGAGCACGGCCACCUGCCCGCAGGAGCCCUCCGCUCUCCGAUUGCAGGCGAGGGGAGGCGCAUUCGGGGCCUCGACUUCUGGGAACCCGGGGUGCCGCGGACCCGCCCAGCAAGGCCCCUCGCGGGGCCCGGAGGACGCCAAGUGCAGGGUUCAGUGGUCGUGCCCCAGUCGGGUCUACACUCAAUGGCUGUGCGCCAGCUGUGGGCAGGGGGUCCACACCCGCGCUGUGUCCCCGCGCGUUACCACGGCGCACCUCGCGGACAGUGGGAAGGGAUAACCCCACCAUCAGCGCCUACUCCGCGGACUUCACGGACCACGAGCGGUCCGAGAGAAAGGCUGGUGAGCAUGCGCGCAUUGCUACGGCGGCCGCGCUGACGCACAGGAAGCGGGCGGGACCGGACUUCCGGCUGGUCUGUGGGGUUUCGGGUUCGGGGUUUCCUGGUGGGCGUCAGGGGCAGGCGACAGAGUGGCGGCCGCUACGGCCCUGGAACGGGGCCAUGGAGAAGCUGCGGCGAGUCCUGAGCGGCCAGGACGACGAGGAGCAGGGCCUGACUGCGCAGGUCCUGGAUGCCUCAUCCCUUAGUUUCAACACCAGAUUGAAAUGGUUUGCCAUCUGCUUCGUAUGUGGCAUUUUCUUUUCUAUUCUUGGAACUGGAUUGCUGUGGCUUCCGGGAGGCAUAAAGCUUUUUGCAGUGUUUUAUACCCUCGGCAAUCUUGCUGCGUUAGCCAGUACAUGCUUUUUAAUGGGACCUGUGAAGCAACUGAAGAAAAUGUUUGAAGCAACAAGAUUGCUUGCAACAAUUGUUAUGCUCUUGUGUUUCGUAUUUACCCUGUGUGCUGCUCUUUGGUGGCAUAAGAAGGGACUGGCUGUGUUAUUCUGCAUAUUGCAGUUCUUGUCAAUGACCUGGUAUAGCCUGUCGUACAUCCCAUAUGCAAGGGAUGCAGUUAUUAAAUGCUGUUCUUCUCUCCUAAGUUGAAAAUCAGAAACUUGUGGAAAAGAGCACUUGAAUGUUGGUACUCUAUGUUUGGUGAAGUUUGCUUUUCCCCAUAAAAUACUCCAGGAACAACUGACGUGACAGUUGAAGACCGUUUUGUACUAAGUCUCAUUUUGUAUACUGGUAAAAACUACAUGCUUGAUUAAACCAUUAAAUGCUUGUAACUUUAAA